AUGCAUGUACGCGCUUCACCAUACCCAAUCGCUCUCUUCACCGCAAGUCCCGACUUCUACUUCCCCUUCUCCCCUUCUCCCCUUCCCCAGACUGAUCGUGAUCGUGAUCGACAGCGCUCACCGCAAGUUCCGCUGCAGACGCACACACGCAAACAACGGCAAAAGCAUGCGCGGUAG